CUUGUGCAGGAGGUCGGAUUGCUCUGAGAUUAUGCACAGGUUAUUUUGAUAAUCUUGUAGGGGGAAACGCUCGCUUGAUGCCUUGUGGUUUUUCCUUUUUUUGUUUCCAGGAGAGUAUAGUGUGACCAAAAACCAGUCAGAGUAAAUUAUGGAUUGCCUUUGUGGUGGAGUGGUUGUUACAGUUUAUGGUAGAUUUUCGCAUUUGUGUCAGCUCGCAUUUGUGUUGGAGCAAUGAUGAUCUUUCCCUCUGCAUCUGUGUCGCAUUUUAAUGCACCACAAACUGUUGCCAGAGAUCCCUGCCCCUGGAUAGGCGAUGUGGUUUUAUCAGACAGCGUCGGACCGCAUUCAGGAGCGCAGGAGCUCUGAGGAGACGCUUCUGGACUGCUUGGAUUUGCUCGGUGGGAAGAUCUAUGCAGCUUUGUGAGAGAGCGGUGACAGAAGCGCGUAGACAGCGGCAUCAUCAGUGGUAAAAAGUUGGACUGAAAGUACACCGUCAGUAAGGAAACUGAUGCGCGUAAGAAGGGAUGCCAGCCAGGCGUGGCUUGUGUUUGAAUAUCCAAUGUGAGAAUGCGUGGGGAGUAUGUAUAUAAUAGAGCCUUUCCAUCUGAUAAACAGAGAUAUCAGACUGAUGAUUAUAGCAAAGGACGAUCAAUAAAGUGAGAGGACGCGUCUGAUUUGGAGGAGCACGGCGCGCUGGGUACGCUUUGUGCGUGCAUGGACCGGACUUGUGUAAACUUUUUUUUCCUCCUCCUCGAGUCACCGUAGAUUUUUAAAUGCCGUCGCUUAAUUUGACAGCUGUGCACACAAUGGCAGAGGUCGGGAGUUUUCUGGGGACGAUCGACUUGGAUUUACAAAGCUUCCCUGCGCUCGGGAAUAUGCCCCUGCCGGAGUCUCCAGUGGGCUUGAAUGAGCGGCUGGGGCAGAUUGAAGGGAGGCUGCAGCGGGGGUCGCCGACGGAUUUCGGCCACCUCAAAGGGAUCCUGCGGCGGCGGCAGCUCUACUGCAGGACCGGCUUUCAGCUGGAGAUAUUCCCUAAUGGGACUGUGCAUGGGACAAGACAGGACCACAGCAGAUUCGGUAUCCUGGAGUUCAUCAGUCUGGCAGUGGGUCUGGUCAGCAUCAGAGGGGUGGACGCCGGACUCUACCUCGGCAUGAAUGAGAAAGGAGAGCUCUAUGGGUCGAAAAAGCUGACAGCAGAGUGUGUGUUCAGGGAGCAGUUUGAGGAGAACUGGUACAACACCUACGCUUCAACUCUGUACAAGCACACAGACACAGGACGCUUCUACUACGUGGCCUUGAAUAAGGACGGCUCGCCCAGGGAGGGCGGCAGGACUAAAAAACACCAGAAACUCACCCACUUCCUACCCAGGCCGGUGGAGAUUGAAAAGAUCCCUCAGGCGUACCGGGACUUAUUCCAGUACAGGUGACCAUCGCUUACACUUGGAGAACUGGUUACAAUCGGAGGAACAGAAGUAAAAGAAGAGGAGAGGGGGGUUGCUGCGGAUAUUUUGGACCUGGUACAAAACUGUUCACCCUCAGCUCCCCCUGAGGUCACUGUGCUUGCGCCUCAGCCCACUGCCGAGCCCGUUACAGCACUAGCAUAAACAUUGUGCAUGCUCCUGGAUGUUGCUUCUUUGCCUCUGCAGUGACCUCAGAGAGGAGGGAAAGCGAUCUUGUAAAACCACUGCGGACAUGGAUGGAGGUAGCCCGCAUGAUCGCCCUCGCUGUGGGGCGAUCAGGACGGUCCAGUCAGGUGCCAUGUUUUCCCAAUAACCACUUUUUAAAGGCUAAUGCGUAGAUACAGACGCGACCCGCAACGUCAAGUGGAGUCUUGGAGGUUUGCGUAGCACUAAGCUGGUGUGGACUGGUGUUGACUAUGAGGACACCAAGAAGGGACUUUUAGGAUCUUCAAAUGACGCAAAGCACUGCAGAUGUCACAUUGUGCAUUUGCCAUGCAACAAUGCAAGAAAGGGCACAUUCCGCAGAGAUAGACGGGAGAAGCAGGGCCAGAAAAUGAUGUGCUGCACGCAUACUAAGCGACAGGUUGGGAUAGUCAGGUACUAAAGAGUCUGUAAGGAGAAUGUCUGUGAGGAAGAACUGGAGUUUUUUUUUAAGUUGUCGUCAAAAUCAAAGAUGAAAGAGGGGGAAUAAAACCUCUAAGAUGAAUGUGUGACAGAUGAAAGAGCACUUACUGCACAUCCCCAGUCCCAGCUGUAGGCUCGCUUGUUCUCCGGUGUAACCACCAGAGUCAGAGUAAUGAUAUCAUUCAUCACAUUUCAAUGAAAUAUCAAGCAGCGCCUUGUAGAAAGUGUAUACACAAGUGAUUAAGCUCGGGACAAAAGCACUUCUCUGACUGUGGUUGUAAAGACUAAGUGAUGGGGUUUUUUUUAAAGGAUGGCGACUUGUAAUGUUCUAAGUGUCAGGAACAUUAUUAAAAAUGCAAGCAGCUGAGGUGUACAUGUGGGUGAUCCUAUUUAUGAGAUGUACAAUAUAUUUAUUUUCUACAUAUAAAGUAUAAAUAUAAAUCUAUAUAUUUAUUUAUUGCAAAGACUUUAUUUUGUAAUGAACUUGAAGUUAUCUGGACUGUAGAUUCUACUGAAAUUACACCAAAAAAAGCAACAAACAAACAAAAAAAACCUGCAAUGAACAUGACAAUAAAAUUGUCCUGCUAUCGAGAGCUCAUUGUGAGAGACUAUUU